AUGAGUGCUCUCACGCGCACACUCACGCACUCUCACGCGCACACUCUCACGCGCACUCUCACGAGCACUUUCACGCGCACUCUCACAUGCUCCCUCACGCGCACUCUCACGCGCUCCCUUACGCGUGCUCUCACACACGCUCUCACGCGCUCUCUCACGCGCGCACUCUCACGCGAACUCACAUGCGCACUCUCACACUCUCCCUCACUCGCUCUCUCACCGCUAAUCGCCAGCGCGUUAGGCACCAAGGCGCAAGUCACCAGCGCACUAGGCGUCAGCGCGCAAGGCACCAGCGCACUAGGCGUCAGCGCGCAAGGCGCCAGCGCGUUAGGCGCCAGCGCUCAAGGUGCCAGCGUGCAAGGCGCCAGCGCACACGGCGCCAGCGCGCAAGGCGCCAGCGCGCACGGCGCCAGCGCGCACGGUUCCAGCGCGCACGGUUCCAGCACGCACGGCGCCAGCGCGCACGGCGCCAGCGCGUUAAGCGCCAGCGCGCAAGGCGCCAGCGCGCAAGACGCCACCGCGCAAGACGCCAGCGCGAUAGGCGCCAGUGCGUUAGGCGCCAGCGCGCAAGGCGGCAGCGCGUUAGGCGCCAGCGCGUUGGGCGCCAGCGCGUUAGGCGCCAGCGCGCAAGGCGCCAGUACGCAAGGCGCCAGUGCGCAAGGCGCCAGCGCGAACGGCGCCAGCGCGCACGGCGCCAGCACGCACGGCGGCAAGGCUUUAGGCACCAGCGCACUAGGCGCCAGCGUGUUCGUUCGCGUGCGAACUCUCUCACUCGCUCUCCCUCUCUCCCUCUCUUCAAUUGCUCGCGCUCGUGCAGCUGCUGUCAGCGGCGACGGCGGGACGAGCGGGGGAGGCGACGACGGCGGGGUGGGAGGGAGCGGCGACGGCGGGAGGAGGGAGCGGCGACAGCGGGAGGAGGGAGCGGCGACGGGCGGGAGGAGGGAGCGGCGACGGCAGGAGGAGGGAGCGGCGACGGCGGGAGGAGGGAGCGGCGGCGGCGGGAGGAGGGAGCGGCGACGGCGGGUGGGAAGGAGAGGCGACGGCAGGUGGGAGGCGACGGCGGGUGGGAGGGAGAGAGGACGGCGUGGUGGGAAAGAAAAGAUGGUGGGGUGGAGGUAG